UUUUUUUUUUUUUUUUUUUGUGGAAUUCAAAAUUAAACAUGUCCAACAAAGACGAUAAUAAAGAUGAUCAACAGGAUGCCAAGUUUGAAUUCAAUAAGCAUAGCAAUACAUCGAAACGAAAACCACAGCAACAUCGCUGUAAUGGUCAUUUAGAAGAUGUGCUGGAAGGUUUGACACAAUGGCCACUUGAUGUGGCGAAACCGUUUGGCUUGUUUUUGACAUGCCUAAGAUCUCAACCAGGGCAGGAACCGCCGCGUUACAAGCAUCAUGAAAAAUAAGCUUUAGGAUGACUAGGGAACAGCUCAUUUCGCGUUCAACAGACAGUUGGGACAGCGAGCCAAAGAAAGCAGACAGGAAUCUCUAGGCCAAUGUUUAGCUUUUCCAUACCUUACGACGUUGGAUCAGGAUACCAUGUGUGUGUGUGUGUGUGUGUGUGUUUAGAAUUUUUGUAUUUUUAUAGAGUGGCAAUAAACUAUCCAACCCGCC